UUUUAUUUUCACCGACACUUCUUCAGUUUUGCUCUCCGUCUUCUUCUUCACGAGCGCACACUCACUCAAGUCGCAUAAAUUUUUAGUGAAACCGAGAGACAGUGGUGAGUGUCCAUCAACUUUGUUUCAACUUUCAAGCUUUGUGCAAAUAAUGACUCGAUUGAAAAAAUACGCUUCCGGGUCAUCUAGCCACCAGUCAAGCGGGAUGAUUAUGGAGAAAAUGCAACAAGGGAUCCAUUUAGGCAAGAGUACCGGUAAGGCGAAAUCGAAGGUGCAACACUCAGUCAAGGCCAAGAUGAAAGUAGAAGACAGUUAUACAGUCCAUAUCAAGAGUAGUACUAAGGUGGAAAUGGCAGGAACUAUUUUCCAGCCAUCAGUCAAAAUCAUAAAGGAGAAAAUGGAAAUGAUCGAGUACUCGAAUUCUUCCGGCCGCACAAACAGGAACGUCGGUCAACUAAUGCUUCCAUCGGUAGAGAUCAGUACUGCGCAUGAUUCCGACCGCAAACGCAAACACGCGGAGGUCAGUAAGGGGCAAGGGAAAAAUACAAGACCAGUAAAGAAGAGUAGUAACCAGCGCUCGGGAUCUUGCACUUGCCACACAACUAAGAGGACCGCUACCAAGAGGACCGGUACUAAGACUAGUACUAGGAAAGAGCAAAAGAGUACUGAAACCCAAUCAAGCACCCAAUUAAGCUGUACGUACAGUGAUGUAUUUGUUGAUGGUCUGUGGGAUGAUGAUGCCUUUUAUUAAGUACAAUAUGACUUGUAAUUGUCGUUUUCUUUAUUUCCACCGGUCUUGAAUUUGUAAUCCUGUAUAGGGAAUCCGAUGGAGGUAAAAAAAAAAAAAAAAAGACUCGGCUACCUCGGAUCAUCCCAUAUAUAAUAAUGCAUUAUUAUUGGAUUGGCUAUUUUAUU